AUGGAUCCUUUGACUAGGAAAUGGAAUCCAAGUAGGGAGUAUGAGAAUGUUGGGGUAGGAGAGCUUGUUCCUGGUAUGUACACUUCAACUAUAUUCAGUGUGUUUUGGGCCCUUCGUUACUCAGCAAUAUACCAUGUUUUUGGUUGCUAGAUGUUUUGUAUCUUCUUCUCUUGCUGCAUCGCUGGGUAGAAUUUAUAACUGGCAAAAUGGAAGUUUAGGAGAAUUGUUAGGAAGAGAUUUAUAAGAGACUUACUGAUUUAUUAAUAUCUUAGGACCAAAAGCAGUUACUUUCAUUGGAAGAGUAGUUAGUUUUACAACAAUCAUUGGUAAAAGUGCGAAACAACCUAGGGCUAGAGGAUGGCACUAUACUGGGGUCAGAGGAGAAGGAGGCGUUGUUUCCGUGAGUAGUGUUUGAUUUGUUAUUUUUGUCAUCUUGUCCCUUUCCUUGAUUGCCAUCUGCUGGUCUUUCAUGAUAUUCGCUAUACUUCUCUUCGUUUACUCGAGGCUUCCCCUAUACUAACUUCCAGUUCCCUUCACAGGUAAAACUCUACUUCGCAAAUCAACCUUACCCGCUAAAAUUAGGUCAACUUCUCUCAAUCUGGACAGCCUUCAUAUCCGAUACAUCAAAAUCCGACGGUGCCCCAACAUCCGGUGUUCUAGUCUGCGCCAAUCUAUUCCCUGGUCGCAAUACUAGUGAUCAUAUUAUGAUCCAUACUCAUUCUGGAGCUUCAGAUGUUUGUCGUAUCCCUCUAAAUUAUAUCAGAGGCGAACCAUUACCCGGACUCAUGACACUUGAAGCAUAUUUAAAUGGAGGAUAUGAUGGAGUAUUAGAUGUGAAACUUCUAGUUUGUGUAAAGAGUAUUGGAGCAAGAAAAAAGAUCAUUAAAAAAGAUGGAGGAGAAUCGGAUCUUAUUGAAGUUAUACUCUUCGAUCAUACAGGUGAAACGAAAAUGAAAUGUUGGUCCGAUUUAGUCGAAAGUGUUAAGGAAUGGCAACCUGGAAGAACAAUCCUCCUUAUUUCAAAUCCGAUGCAUAAAUUAGAUUACGGAGGGAAAGGAAUAAUUGGUUUUGGAAGAAAUACAAUGGUGGAUGUAGAACCCGACUUUCCUGAUGCAAUAUGGUUGAAGAAAUGGGCAAUAGGAUUAAUGAUGAAAGAAAGUAUAGGGAUUACUUUUCCAGAUGAUAUUUGGGGAGAAGAAGAAGUAGAAGAAGCGAUUUAUGGACCUGGGAGUGCGCUUUUCACUUUGAAGGAUAUAGAUGAAAGGGUUAGAGGUAGUGAGGGAGAAGUUUUCACAGGGUGGAUUAAUGUCGUCAUAUUGGAGAUGGCUUUGGUUAAAUGUUGGAGAAGAAAUAUGUUAUUAUGUACUGAAUGGUUUGUUUCCUCUCUCUUCCCCUUUCCAUUUCUACAAAGCAAACAAACCAACUAACCACCCCUCACUCACUCACACUAGCUGCGGUAUCCCAAUCUACUCCAAUACCCCUCAAACCCCCUGUCUACACUGCAAUAAACCUCUGACCCUAACACUUAACCCUAAAAUCAUCACCACGCUACUCGAUGAAACGGGUUGUGUUAAUGGAGGGAAACUGGUUUGGAGUGAGAAGGCGUGGAAGGAGUUACUGGGGAGGAGUAUAGAGGGACUUUGUGGGAUGGAGUGCGAGGAGGUUAGGUUGUUGGAGGGGAGGAUGUGCGGGUUGAGGGUUAGUUUGUGUUUUGGGUGGGUGGGCUAUGGGGAGGUGAAUGGCAAUGGUGGGGAAGAUGGAGGCGUGGGUGCGAGGUUGUGUGUACUUGGGGUUAGGGCUUAG